CCCUCCCUCCCAUAAGCUAGUCCUAGGAAAGAGGUGCUGGACCUCCACGAUCUCCGACUUUCUUAGGCGGCUUCACGCGGUGCCAUUUGCUUUUACACAAAAAAAAAUCACCUGGACUGUUGUUUUGCCGGGUUGUUGCAGCUACUCGGAAGUAAGUUCCACUACGUUCAACGGAGCUUUCUCCCAGGUGACUGUGUUACAUGUGCAGGAGGAGGAGGAUAUCAUCUGAUGGAACUGGAAAGCCCUGAACACCUCUGGUCCAGGGCACCCCAGGAACCACCUGAACCUUUACACUCGCAGCUUGAUCGUCUGCAGGAGCAUCAGUGAUUAAGACUCGUAUAACAACAAGAAACCAAGCCUUUAGAGUUGAUCAGUCCUGUGGAACACUCUGCCAGUAGAGAUUCAGCAGGUACCUUCUGUGCAAGCUUUUAGCACCUGCUGAAAACUUUUUCUAUUCUGCCUGGCCUAUGCAGAUACACCAAGAUGAAAACAGCCACCAAUAUCUACAUCUUCAACUUGGCCUUGGCAGAUGCCUUGGCCACUAGCACACUGCCCUUCCAGAGUGCUAAGUACCUGAUGGAGACCUGGCCUUUUGGGGAGCUGCUCUGCAAGGUUGUCCUCUCCAUUGACUACUACAACAUGUUUACGAGCAUCUUCACCCUCACCAUGAUGAGCGUGGACCGGUACAUAGCCGUCUGCCAUCCAGUCAAGGCAUUGGAUUUCCGGACCCCAGCAAAAGCGAAGUUAAUCAAUGUUUGCAUCUGGGUUCUUUCGUCUGUCAUUGGGGUGCCCAUCAUGAUCAUGGCUGUUACUCGAUCUCAAGGUGGCAUCGUGAUGUGUCUCCUGCAGUUUCCUGAACCUCAGAUCUACUGGGACACAGUCACCAAGAUCUGUGUCUUCAUCUUUGCCUUCUUGGUUCCCAUCUUGGUCAUCACCAUCUGCUACGGGCUCAUGAUUCUCCGCCUGAAGAGUGUCCGCCUCCUCUCAGGCUCCAAGGAGAAGGACCGCAACCUGCGUCGUAUCACACGCAUGGUGCUGGUGGUGGUAGCUGCCUUCAUCAUCUGUUGGACACCCAUUCAAAUCUUUGUCAUUGUUUGGACCCUCGUGGGCAUCGACAAGAAGAACCCCUACGUGAUGGCCAGCCUCCACUUUUGCAUUGCCCUAGGUUACACCAACAGCAGCCUCAAUCCUGUCCUCUACGCUUUCUUGGAUGAGAACUUCAAGAGGUGCUUCCGAGAAUUCUGCCUCCCCUUCCGGUCACAUAUGGAGCAGAGCAGCUUCAGCCGGGCCCGGAACACCACACGAGAGCGUGUCUCGACUUGCACUCCUUCUGAAGUCCUCAAUAAGUCGGCAUGACUAGACAUGGAUAGCCACAAGAGGGGCUCCCGUGGACGCACAGUGGAUGAACUGCAUUCAGAAGUGACCCAGGUCACAACUACAGAAUUUUAGCUGAACCGUAGGAAUGGCCAGAAGGGGGAGAAAGGCGCCUGAUCACAAACAUUGUUGACUUUUGCACGUAGUUGCAAAUGUUAAGUCCCCCCUACAACUAUGAACAGAGUACCCACAGGAGAGGCAUCAACUGCAAAGUGAUAUUUGGGUGUGAAUUGCUUUGGUUCUGAAGUGAAUUCUUAAGACUGAAUGUCUUUUACAGGGUUGAUGUUUUCUUAAUCAGCCUGUGUUGGCUUUAAAUAAUUUUGAAAAGUUAACUGCACAUAUCUUUGUUAUGUUGUAGACGGUUGGGCCAUUGAUUAACACAUCAGUGUUCAUUCUGUUGCUUCCUCCAUUCAUUAUUUCCUAGGUAUUUUGUAGGGAUCUACGGUGGUUCUGUAUACUUCCUGGAUUACCAGACUGCACAGUUGAAAAGACAUCUCAAGCCAGAUCACUGACUCUCUAAACUUCCAAGUUGCUCUGUGGACUUGGGUGUGUUCCCCA